AUGGCUCCGCCAAAGGUUUUCCUCACCGGCACCACCGGCUACAUCGGCGGCGACUCCCUCUACACGCUGUACAACGCCCAUCCGGACUGGGAAUUCGCCGCCCUGGUGCGCAACAAGGAGAAGGCGGCCCAGCUCAGCAGCGUGUUCCCCAAGGUGCGCAUCGUCUACGGCGAUCUCGACUCGGCGGACAUCUUGGAAGAGGAGGCUAAGAAGGCGGAUAUUAUCUACCACUUCGCCGACUGCGACCAUGAAGCUUCCGCCCACGCCAUCGUCAAAGGCCUCAGGGCGCACACCCCUGACCGUCCUGCCUGGUACAUCCACACCUCCGGCACCGGCAUCCUGGCGUGGGAGGACACCCGCAACGGGACGAUAGGCAUCUACCGGGAGAAGGAGUACAACGACUGGGACGGCGUGGACGAGGUGACGCACCUGCCGGACGACGCGCUGCACCGCAACGUCGACAAGAUCGUCCUAGCUGCGGACAAGGACGCGACUGACCGAGUCAAGACGGCGAUCGUGUGCCCACCCACCAUUUACGGCCCUGGCCGCGGCUCCGGCAACACGCGCAGUAUCCAGGCGUACCUGUUCGCGACAGCGGUGCUGAAGCGAGGCAAGGGGUUCGUCGUCGGCGAGGGCAAGAAUGUCUGGCACCAGGUGCACAUCCAGGACCUGAGCAAGGUGUAUCUGGCGCUGGGCGAGGCGGCCGCAGCGGGAGGCGGCAACGCGACCUGGGGCAGCAAGGACGGGUACUACUUCGCGGAGAACGGGUCGUUUGUGUGGGGAGAUGUGCAGCGGGCGAUUGUCAAGGCUGCCGCGGACAAGAAGCUGAUCGCGUCGGCCGAGGUCGAGUCUCUGGACAAGGACCAGACGGCGCAGGCGCACCCCUGGGGCCCGUACGCCUGGGGCAGCAACUCGCGUGGCCAUGCGAUCCGGGCGCGCAAGCUGCUUGGCUGGACGCCCACGAAGCCGAGCUUGCUCGAGCUGGUGCCGGAUAUUGUGGAUGUGCAGGCGCAGGAGUUGGGGUUGGUUCAGAAGGCGUGA